UCAUACAUAAAUUGACAACCCCCUUCAAGUGCUUAUUGGAGAGACCCAUCUAAGGGGGCUCUACUCCAACAUCACACACAAAUUUUAUCAUCCCACACUCAAAAAUCCCACCCACAUUUCCAAUACUAUAAUCCAUCAAUUAUUCAAAAAUCGAUCAAUCGAUCAAUCAAUCAAUCAAAUAUGCUAGGCAAGCGAUCCCGGCCGGCCAUCGGUAAGCUUGCCGGAGUCCUAAGGUCCGGGAUCAUAGACACGAUGACGAGUCCAAAAAGUCCAUUAAAUUAUAGGGCGUUACAGUCUCCAAAGAGUCUAAAAAGUUAUUAUUACGACCAACAAGGCGGAGUUGGGUUAGGUAUAAUUGUAGCCCUUGACAACAAGUCUAGUUGUAACGUUGGGUGUCCGGGAGGUGAAAUCCUAGCAAAAUAUGCUAUACGCAGCCAAUUUUCGACCCGUUCGAAUCCGAUCAACGUUAGUCCAUCCAAUAAGACCAAAAUCGAGAAAAACAUCCUCAAUGGUAAGCUAAGAAAAGAAAAAGAGGAUGAAAUGAUGGAAGUUUUUGAUGAAGAGUUUACUUAUGUUACAUGUCGUGGACCAAAUAAGUCCACUACCACUAGAAUUUACUAUGAUGGUGUUAGUGAAUAUGGUCAUCAUCAAUCUAUAGGACCAAAAAUCAGCAAGAAAAUCGGUGUUUUUAACAUAUCUUCACCAGCUAGAUUUUCUGACGAGAUUUGUAAUUCAGAUUCCGAUUUUCUCAGCUCAUGUCACUUGUGUAGGAAAGGUCUCCAUGGCAAGGACAUUUUCAUGUACAGGGGGGAGAAGGCAUUUUGUAGUGCAGAGUGCAGGCAAAGACAGAUAAAGAUUGAUGAAAGGAAAGAACAAUGCAGAUCAGAAGUUUCGAGAUCUGGCGAGGUUUCGAGUUCUUCAUACAGUUAUACCAGUAGAGGACAGAUCUUCUCAACUGGGAUUGUAGCUGUUUGAAAAUGUUAUUAGGAAUAAAUUUUCUUAGUAGUAUAUUAUGAUCUUGGUUAAGAUAUAUGUAGAAUAAGAUUAGUUAGUUUAAGAAGAAGAAGAAAAAAACCCAUAAAUUGUUAAUCUGUAACUAUACAUAAAAUACAGAAUUUUGCUCUAGUAAAAUCUCCAAUAAAUAAGACAAAAGGAGAAAGACAAAAAAAAAAGAAAACAA